AUGAGUGACUUGAAACCUGAAAAGCCGCAAGUGGUAAUUCACAAAGUCAGCGGAAAGACAAUUGAGGAGCACAACCUGUAUGUGCUGAAGCAAUGCACACAAAUAUGUCACGACAAAGAACUCGCUGGAGGCAACGAACUGACCAGACCUCCUGUCCGACAGCCAAUUCUACCGCCACACGUUAUAAAAACGCGGAUGGAUGAUGACAAAGAUGCGUAUUUUCUUGGCAAGCGGGAUCCGGGUGGAGACACGAAAGUAGACAGACACGGACGGCUGUUGGGUGGAAGGAACUACCUCGUGGAUACAUUCCAGCUGCCCCAAAAGACACAUAAUUUCUAUGUGCUUGUCGACGAGCUGAUAGAGAUUUUGCAUUUCGAGGGGAGCGGCUCUGACUUUUUGCACCUGCAUAAUCAGCUGUACCCGCUGGAGCUCAAAGACAACGAGCGGGCCUUGCUUGCAGACGCUGGGUUGAUCAAAGGCGAGCUGCGCUCCCCAUACUACGUUACUGCACUCUCUUCAUACAUCAUUUUUGGUGCUGCUAUUGUGGCGAGCGGCUGUAGGAUAAUAGAUGACUACUGGGAGCAGCCCUUAAAGGAGCAGGGAUUCACCAUGCACCACCGUGUAUUCUCUCUGAACGGCACGCAACUUUCAUUGCUACGCCUGCUGAAACCCCCGCGUCCAGAAUCGCAUCAGCAGGGUGAGAAGCUGGAUACCAACUGGCUACAGAAGUGGGAGGAUCCAUACCCAACGAUCCAGGAACAACCAAAUGCUGAAGCACGGCGGGAAUACGCUAGAGAACACGCCAGAGGUGAGCACAUAACGAUGAUUGUUCCAGGUCAAAGUAUUAGCGGCAGUAUAGAACUGAGCCUAAAUUAUAAACUUCCUAAGUACCACUACAAAAACUCAUUUGCUAAUGCGUUGCAGAACAACAUCCAGGAUGUCCCCAUAGGACAGCACCGCACCGUGGAGACAACGCCGAACGCCCCGGUAGGCCGGCCCUCCAAACGUACAGACGAACAGAAGGACCAUCUUUCGGAACGUGACCACUCUUUGAAUAUCAACGGCUGGAAAUUUGAAGCGAUCCCACUGGCUCCCUCCAGGUUCAAUCCAGGGCGUACCGCUAAGGGACUACCUUACUACGAGAAAGAAAAGCUACUCCAACGAUUGCGCAAGCUUACGCCGAAUCAAGUUAGGGAGCUGGAAUACCUCCACGAUUCAGUGCACCUGAAUACCGGGCUCGGCAAAAUACGACAGAAUAGACGGCGGAAGUGGAGUAAAUAUUGGCAACACAAAGCUGGGGCUCCUGUGGGUCUUACUUCAGACCAGGUCACGGAGUUUAGGGAGAAGUACUUGCCUGCAUUGCUAAACCAGGUUGAUACCGAGAUAAUAUAUGAUGAGGAACGCAACCUGGACAUCAUCCACAGCACACACAGAAGGCCGAAUGCGAACUUCUUUGGCCAUUCCAAUAUUAGCGGGUUCAAGCCCCCAUAUAAGGAAGACCCAAAAUAUAGGUAA